UGGAAUGACGAGCACGAAUCAUUCAAACAGAACGUCGGUAACGCGAUACCUAUGACAUAAAUAUCGAAGUGAAUUUAAAAGUUUUUGCGCUGAAUUUGAACGUAAAGUUUAUUGAAACUUGCGUGCUGUAAAUAACCUGUUAUUUGAGUGUUGUGUUGUGUUGAGUGAGAUGGGAGAGAAAAGUUUUCUGUUGAAGUUGUGGAUGGUGUCGGACAGUGGGGUUCAUAUCAAAAGAAAUAUCUGCGGAUUUUCCAGAAGCUAAAUGUAUGAAUUAUAAAUGUUAGACAGUUGAUAGCGCAAUGCACCCCGCGUGGUGUCACCAGACUUUAUUUGCGUUCACGCUCAUUGCAAUAUCAACUCCUUCGGCGACACAGAACACUGUUGCAACAGCAGGUAGCGAGUUGGUUGUGCCCACCACUUUGACACGUGUUUCGUCUGUGAUAGGCGGCGAAGCAGACCUCCCGUGCGACUCUCGUCCACCCCGGGGCAACGACAGCUUACUGCUCGUUGUAUGGUACAGGGAUGAAGACCCUGUCUACAGUUACGACACACGCGAACCAGGACCGACAGGUCAUUGGUCGGAUGACUCCUUUGGGGGCAGAGUACACUGGAUCGACCUUCCCACCUCCGCCCUUCACGUCCGAGACAUUGGGUCGCACGAUCGUGCGAUAUACAGGUGUCGUGUUGACUUCCAGGUGUCACCAACUAGGAACUAUCGGGUGGCACUCGACGUUGUUGAGCUUCCAUCUAAGCCGGUGAUCUUUGACGAAUUCGGGAACGAGAUAACGGGCGUCGUGGGGCCUUAUAACGAAGGAGACGACUUCAAACUUAUUUGUACCGUCACUGGGGGUAACCCAAUGCCUCGAGUACAAUGGUUGCAAGGAGACUCAGUCCUGGCAACCCUUGGUCCAGGAGAAUUCCAGCCGACGGUAGGCAGCAGAUCGUUAACGCUCGCUGUCACAAAUGCAACCCGAGCCCACCUGUCUUCAGUCUACACUUGUAGUGCUGAUAAUACAAUACUGUCGACACCACAGCGUACAUCAGUGCGAUUGGAUUUAUAUUUGAGGCCGUUAACAGUUGAGAUAUUAUCAAGAGAGCAGCCUCUCUCCGUUGGAAGAAAAGCAGAGCUCUGGUGCAAGACCACAGGGGCGCGGCCUCCUGCAACCAUUACUUGGUGGAUAGGAGACACGCGACUUGACUCCGUUACAAAACUAAUGGACGUCGACGAUCGCAAUGAAACGCAAUCCUUACUGCAGUGGACUCCUCAGAAAGCACAUAACGGUCAAGAGCUCACUUGCAGAGCGGAGCAUGACAAGUUCAACAGAUCUACAAUAGAGAGCAAAUUGACCCUCAACAUCUACUAUGUGCCUGAAGCGAGGAUGCAUCUCGGUGCUAAAAUGAACCCAAACGACAUUGAAGAGGGCGACGACGUCUACUUCGGAUGCGAUGUUGACGCAAAUCCACCGGCUUACAAAGUCAUCUGGGAGCAUAAUGGUAUUGUCCUACAACACAACCCGGUUAACGGGGUUAUUCUAACUGGGAACACAAACUUGGCACUCCGCAACAUAUCACGACACCAGGCCGGCCUAUAUACGUGUACUGCCUCCAAUGUGGAGGGAGAUGGAAAGUCGCCGCCGUUGAAGAUGCAAAUUGUUUAUAGGCCUUUGUGUCGAAAAAGGGAGAUAAAAUUGAUCGGUGCCGCGCUACAAGAGCCGUCGAUGGUGGAAUGUGAAGUUGACGCCUUCCCACCGCCCGACACUUUCGAGUGGACUCUUAAUAACUCCGCUGGUUCCAUAAAGGUUGACCCGGAGCGGUUCACAGUCAACUCUAAAGAUGGAAUAUCAAUAUUAAAAUAUAUUCCGGUAUCAGACGUUGACUACGGUACACUAGCGUGUCGGGCAACCAAUCUAGCUGGGCAACAAGUUGCCCCGUGUGUGUACACCUUGUUACCAGCUACCCAUCCUGAACCCCCCCACAACUGUACCGUUUACAACUUGACAGAUGAUUCUCUAGAUUUGAUAUGUUUGAUAGGUUACGAAGGAGGCCUUUCAUGCACAUACAUUGCAGAGGUAUGGGCUAAUGAGGGCCUGGUAGUUAACUCAACGAAUACAGCCACAGUUUGGAAUUUGAGAAGACUUGGCGCAAAAAGACACCUCAAGAUAGUGGUCUAUGCUGCAAAUUCAAGGGGACGCUCGGAACACAUUAGUUUUACUGUUGAGACCGCGCCUAGAUUAGCUCCUAGAACAGAAGCACAAGAAGCAUGGGAGGUGAACUGGGCGGUCGGUGGAGUUCUGGGCGCCGCAAUCACUGUUGCGAUCAUCCUGUGUCUAGCACUCAUCGCGACGAGAUUUAAACAUCACUCUACGAACUAUGAAGUUUCGAUGCAGUCAUCCAAAAACCAGAAAACAUCGCUACAAAAGAGGAAUACACCUGAUGAUUGCAAUCCAGAUUUAAUACCGCUUAGUAAAGAUAUUGGCGACUGUCCAAAACCGCCGGAGUAUUCAACGGUGGUUGCUAACACGGAAGCUAAAAACUCUGGGAGUGUGCACAGUUUAGCCAGAACCCAUUCGCCAACAACGCCUCUGUCAGCACAGAAUACUGAACUACAGGUUUAAUGACAGGAACAACACAAACGGCUUAAGAACGCAUCGUGAGGUGGUCACCACAAGAACUCCACUCCUUGCAGCUCACCAAGAAAGUUGUGUAUGAUCUAUAAAAA